UAGUCCAAGUUGUCCCGCUUCAGCGAAGAAACGAGGCUGGGUGACUGACGAGCUACAACUAUCGAUAGGAGGUAUCCUGCCGAGAGACGGAAACAGGAAGUUGAUAUCAAGUUAUAGCAUCACGUCGGCAGGCGAAUCAGUUGUAGUAUUUCUUUGUAGCCAGUUCUCCAUUGGCGGCUAUCUCCUACAGGUUGCUGCUGUUUGCGCCCAUUAGAAAAUUAGGGAGUUGCGUCUGCUAGACGGCCCGCACAACUUUCCGAUUCACGAAACUUUAAGCCCCAAACAUGGGGACCCAGGAACAAGAGUCGACAUCGAGCGUGCUUCCCACGACCGCGGAGCUCUCGGCUCCACCCCCGGACAUAUCCCCAGGAGCUAAGCACAAGAAGAAGCGUCGGCUCAAGGUGAAGCUUCCGGGAAUCGGCGAGCUAUCAUGGAAGCAGAUGUGGCUGGAUUCCAUGGAGUGGAUGUCCAACCCUAUCAACGCCGCGUCCUUCUUCUGGUGCAUCCUCGCUACGUUCGCCUUCGUUAUAGUCGUCAUGUGCGAGCUGGGGUUGAUGAAGACCUAUAUUCCUGACCACGAGACGCUGGAGGAGGUUAAGGAGGUAUCCACGCAGAUCCUGAACGCGCUCUUCGUGCUCAUGUGCCUCAUCUGGCAUCCCGUCUUCAUGCGCGACGUGCUGCUGCUCAUCCGGUGGAAGCCCAAGGACAAGUGGGAGAUUCGCGGGGAGUACUGCAAGGAAGGGAAGCGGAAACCCAACGACCGCACGCACAUGGCGAUUGUGGUCUUCUGGCUGCAGCUGACGUGCUGGGCGACGUACGCCUUCGCAGCGGUUUUCCUCGUUUACCCUAUGGGUGAACGGCCGAUGGAGCUCCUGUUGAUCACAACAGUGGUGUCGUUCAUUGCACCGGCGUUUGCGUUCCUGCAUCUGCUGCUGAGCCCGCUGAGCAAGGACUAUGACAUUGUCCGUGUUGGCGAGGGGGACCAAGCCAAGGUGCAGAUGUACCAGCGCAGUGCGUCGUUCAUGGUGUCUCACACCAAGGUGGAGGACGCGCAAUGGGCCGGGUCCGUGUUCCCUGGAUGCUGCUCUGACACUCGAAUUGCAUGCCUGAGCUUCUUCUUCCCCUUCUGCAUGUUUGGUUACAACAUGGAGCGGCUAGGGUUUGGCCACCGGGUCGUGCACACGUUCAUGUUCAUCAUCAUGCUCGUGGGGCCGGUGUUUAUUUUUGAGCUCUGCGCUGCUGCCGUGCACCUGCACGUGUCCAAGAACAUCAUUUUCUAUUUCGGCAUUGCCAUUGCGAUCACCGGGCUUGGUUAUGGCGGUGCAUGGCGAGUGAAGAUUCGGGAGACUUAUAAUCUUCCUGGGUCGCGCUGGUGGUGCGGGAGCAAGCGGUUGACAGAUAUUUGCACAUGGAUGUGGUGCUGCUGCUGUGCACUGUGCCAGGAGGUCCGGACUGCUGAUCAGUAUCAGGUGGUGGAGAAUUCCUUCUACAGACGAGCAGGAGACAUUGAGAGUGGAGCAGGUGCCAAAGCACCUGUUGGGGCGUUGGAAUCAGUUCCUGAUGCUGAGGAGGAGGUUGAGGAGGAUGAGGAUGACUACGAUGACGAUAUGGAAGUUCCUGCUAAGCAGACAAUGCAGAAAUGAGGUUGCCGUGUUAUCUUGCGGAAAUGAUGGCCCCAAGACAAAUUUGGGACAUAAUGGAACCCUUGAUUCCAGCUCUUUCAUUAUCUUUGCGUAGUUAUAUGCUGCUCCUUAGCUUGUUUUCUGUUGCAUAUUGUUGCAGAAGUGUUACAUAACAUUUCCAAUCCAAUGGAGAUUCCCAAUUAAAUGAAGGAGCGAUA